AGUGUUCGAACUACGAUAGUUUGCAAAUAAGUGUCGUCCCGAAGUUAUGUGACGAGGUUAUGUUUUGUUUAGUAAACAAUAGCGAAUUAUCUAGUGGUCAGCGAUGUCGGCGACGUUCAAGAAUGCGAAAAAGAAGUUAUCCCAAUCCGAGCUGCGGAAGUUCAUGCACGAGCACAAGGAGAAAACGCAAAAGAUAGCGGUCAAGAAGAUCGAUUCCCCUUUAGCAAAGUACAACGAAGCAGGCCAGCUGACCUGUGUGCUGUGCAAAUCUGUGGUCAGAUCCGAGGCGGUUUGGCCCAUCCAUUUGAAUGCGAAACAGCACAGACUCAAUGUCGAGCAGGCGAAGAGACUUAAGGAGAAGACAAACAAUUUUACGACCGCGCUGAAACGGCCGUUGACGCCUCCUCUGGACGUUCCCUCGAAGAAAGUUAAAGGGAUCUUGAAAAAUUCAGAGCCGAGUAAAACUGUGAUUAAAUCGAAUAUCACUGUGGUCGCUGGUGAUGUUGAGACGAAGAAGGGUUUGCCAAGUGAUUUCUUUGAUAACAACAAGAAAGUGGAGGUGACUAAAAAAGAAGAGGAGCAGAUGGAAGUUGAUGCUGAAAGUUUGCCGGAGGGUUUCUUCGAUGAUCCAAAGUUGGAUGCUAAGGCACGAAAUAUAGAGUACAAAGAUCCUGUUGAGGAGGAAUGGGAUAAGUUUCAAAGGGAGAUGAAAGAUGCGAAUCACGAGAGCGCUGCGAUAAUAGCUGAAGAUCAGGAGGAGGCGACCAAUGAAAGGCAAAUCGAUGAAAUUGACGAGCAAUUGAGGUACCUGUCGAGGGUGGUGAAUUUGCAGAAAAAGAAGGAUCAGAUGAUGGCGAGCUUGAAGGAGAACGAGAGUAGGAUGGACGAGAAGUCGGCGGAGUCGAGUAGCUCCGAUGAGGAUUUCGAUGAGUAUUUGGAUUGGAGGUCGAAGAAAGCUUAUAAAUGAUCAGUUAAUCAAUUUAUUAAUAAUAAAUAGUUAUGCAACUUUAUUUGCACG